UCAAACGCUGAAGCGCAACAAGGUAGUUUGUCUCGCCGCGUUCAUUGCACAACUAGUGGAAUAGAAGGACAUAUCGGUGUGUUUGCGGUAACUAGCCAAAGACUCGUGGAAGACGAUGUUGGAUGGUGUUUUGUGAGCGUUUAAAGGGAAUGAGAGUGAACGAGGGAAGCACGCUUUGAGCACUGCAGCGUUCGAGUGGCCAGUGCCAUGAAACUGAAUCCACAGCAAGCCCCGUUAUAUGGCGAGUGUCUGUUGACUGUCCAGCUCUGUGAGGAAGAGUGUGUCGAGGAUGAAGAUGAUGUAGAGUUUUACCUGCUAUUUGCCGGCACCACCCAGAGGCAUAUCUCCAGCACUUCAAAAAUCAGCCAUGUCACGCUGCAAGCCGUGUGCCCAGCUCAUGAUCGCAGCGAAACCGUGCGGGUCACGCUGUGCCAGGCCAGACCUGGGGGCUCAGUGGACCCUGUGGCUGAGGAACGCUUCCAGUUUGUGCAGGACCUCGCCCUGGACAUGGCCCAGUUCCUGGUCAACGCGGUUGGAAAGACUGAGGGAGCGUUACUUCUGGACGAGUGUCAGAUCCCCCUGAAGGAGUGUGAAAGGUUGGAUGAUACUCUGGCUCUUGCUCUUAGACAUCUGCCUCUACCGGUAGGCUGGAGCGUGCUGGGCACAGACUUGGACACGGGCACUUGCACAGGCUUGGAAAUCGAACCUGGGCCACAAGACACACUUUUGCACUUUGCCGCGAAGCGCGGACUACGCAAGGUAGCACUCUUUCUCCUCCAGCAACCCGGAGGAAGAGAGGCUCUCCGACUUCCCAACAAACAGGGUCGUACACCGGCCAGGGUCGCACAGAAGAAAGGCCACUCACAGCUCCAGAAACUGCUGACAGAGUGUGCUGGGUGUGGCCUUGCUGAUUCGAUGCCUCGAGACUGGGUGUUCUCAAAGUUUGCUAUGUUUGUGUUGGGCAGGGUUGACAUCUUGCCUGAGUUGGAGACAAAAACAUCCAAGUGGUGUUACCCAGAAGGCAGAGUUCUGCAACACCACCCCAAGCUAAACACUUACACCCUGACGCUGGAUGAUGUGCCAGGGCGUCUGCCACCUAGCCUUCAAUGCGAUGUGGAGGAACUCCAACGCCUUAUUCAGUCACAUCAGAAGGAAGAUCCUCUGACUCAGCGUAAGCCAGCACUGCUGAUUCUUAACAGAGACUCAAGUGAUAGCACAGAGACCGCUGACUCACUGGAGUCUAAGCAUCAGGAACCCAACUCUGGACAAGAAGAAACCUGCCAAUCACUUUUGAACAGCUCUGCCAUUGAGGAUGGAUUGUUUCUUCAUCAAAAUGGCAUAGGAGAUCAUGUCCAAUCGCAGGACUUGGAGGUGGAGCCUGAACUGCCAGCUGUAGGGGAUACUGGGAAGGCUUCAGAUAAGGCUGACUGUUCGCAGCGGCGGGUAGAAAGCGGUUCUGUGACUUUCAGUGCCCCUUCCUGUGGAAAUCAGCGGGAGGAAGCUGAUAUAGAGCUCUGCGUAAUCAGUGCCAAGCAGGGGGCUGCUUCACAGCCUGAUAAAGGGAACCAAGAAGAACAGGAGAUUUGCCAGAGGAGUUCAGAGACUGAAACGGACUAUAACGCUCAAUCUGGCAACCUUGAGUCCCAAGUCAUGGGCCACGCACAAUCUCAGGGUCUCCUCCCCACGGAAACUAGUCAGCCUUUACAAAGAGAGGAGGAGAGUGAGGGGAGUACAGAUCUUAGUUGGAGAGGGGACUUACCAGAGGAAAGGGAAGGGGAGACGAGUAGCAGCCAGGAAAUAGGCUUAAACUCUUCAGCACUUUCUUCCCGUGAUCCAGAGGAAAGCGGUCAUCGCGACGACGAGAUUGAAUCCAAGCUGCCUACAGAAUGCUCAAUGAGAACAGAUGAAGCUAAACUGGCUUUAAUCCAGGUAAAUUCAGAGGUUACCUCGUCUGUACGAAACGAUGAAACUGUUAUUUCUGAUGGUGUUGACAAGCCACAUGGUAUCCUAGAGACAGAGACAGGAAAUCUCAGCGAACACACCAAAGGCAACACUGAGUCAGUUUCUGGUUUGGUUGCGGAUGACGUUAGCAUAAAGCAGAACUCUGUAUUUAGCAUUUUAGAGGGAGAUUUGGUAUCGGUAAGUCUUCGGCCAAACAUGGCACCAGGACCGGUGCAUAAAGUUCGACGAGGACUAUCGCCCGUUCCUGAGACUUCCUCCUAUGAAGGUCCAGCUGUGGAUCCCUUGUCUGAGACUACAGAAAGUUUCCAACAGCCACCUCAAGUCAUACAAUCUUCAGAAAAUGCAUCAGACUGUCAGGAGAUUUUGCUAAAUGACUCAGCUUCUGACAUUAAUGCAAUAGCAGGGGUUUCCGUUGGCAUCACUGCGGAGGUUUCAUCUUGCCAGAUUGAAGGGUCUCUACCUGAUGGAAGCAAAGAGGAGGUAACCCCUAAUAAGACUAUACUAGACCCUAAAGAGCUCAUUGGAGAUCCGGAAUCAAUUGAGGACAUUGUUGUCUCAAAGUCAGAUGACAAAUCAAAACCUUCUGAUGAACCUUCUCUGCCAGUUGAUUCCGAAGUCUUUAUUGGAAGUGAUUUACAACAGGAUGCGUCUACAAUAGUGUCUUCUGAACAUUCUGGAAGUGAUAUAAUUGUAGGAACACUGUUCGGAGAACAGGCAUCUGAAACAUUUGUUCAGCCAAACUCUAUGUCCAAACUGGUAGAGCAAAUUCCUGAGGAAUAUUCUGCACUUGCCAUAAAAGAAAAUCAAAUUUGUGAGCCAGGGGAACCAUUGGUUCUAGCGCCCGCUUUGCAAGGGGAACCAGGAUUUAAGGAGGAACCUCUACAGGAAAGGGAAAUUGACUUCAUUUCACAGGAAACACUCAGCGAUCUCUCUGAUCUAUCGGAAAUCACACACAAUGAUUGUGCUGAAUCCAAAGCACAGUUCCAGGUCCCAGAAUCCUCCAAGGAGUGUGCGUACACACCAUCAGAACCUACUGUUGAUUGUGUGAAUGGCCUAGAACCGUCUUGUGCCUCCCUCCUAACAGAAAGCAAAGACAGCAGAUCUUCUGAGAGCCCCUUCGCUGAUGGAGAAAAGAUCUCUGCUGUAAUUCCCGAUGGGGAUGAAUGUGUUGACAUGACUACAGAAAUGAGUGAGACUACUGUAUCUGGGGACAGCCCAUCCUCUCCCAUGGACACCACUAGUGGUUCUGCUCUGGAGAGCUCCUCUAUGUCUGACCCACUCAAUGCCUCAUCCUCAACAGCUGAGCUUACUUCCCCUUUGGAUAUUAAUAGUGGAUUGCACCAGGAUUUGGAACACACUUCCCCAGUGGAUUUAGACAAUGAUUUGUCUGAGGAACUGCAGCAUUCAGACACACCUGACAGCCUGAAUGGAUUACAUCAAGAUACUCUUGAUAGUUUGAUAAAGCACACUGAAACCCUUCCGCAGCAUGCUGAGGAACUGCAUGUGGAACAAAUGACAGAUGACGGCACUUUAGCAGAGGAUGCGGUGGACGGACACCAAGACUCCUUAGCAGACAUAGCGAAUUCCGAAGUGAUUCACAGAGAGACAGAGACGUUUUAUUCAGUUGAUGCCAGUCGAGAUGCUGGACUCCAGGAGAAGAAAUCCACUUCAGUGAGCUCAGAAUUCCCCCCUUCGACCCCCUCACCCGAGAGCGUACGUCACAAAGAGUCAGCGAGCCCCAUGCGAGGGUCUGUCAGCGAUGGCGACUCUCUCUUUAGCCAGGAUUUGGGCGAGGACAUAGUUUUUAAUAUUAAGGGUGAGGACAGUGUCACUCUCACCAGCGGUGUGUCCAUGACCUACUCGUCCUCUACAGAUGAAGGCUCCAGUCUGGGGACCCCUUGCGCCAUCCCUCAGGCCAGCACAGAGGCCCCUGCAUCAGACACCUGUCAGGAAAAUCCCACUUCUCCAGGAGCUUCACCCAUUUCUAGAGAAACAGAGGAGGAAGAAAAAAAGGACCGUCUGACUGAGGUCCCGGCCAUUCUACGCACCUCCAUACGAUCCCUGUCUCCUUUCCGCAGGCACAGCUGGGGCCCGGGCAAAAAUUCAGCAGGGGAGACCGAGAUUAGUCGGCGCAGUUCGUCAGGAGGUGAAGUGGAGCGCAGGUCUGCAGGCCAUAGGAGAAGCAUGAGCUGGUGUCCUUCGGUUGCCCUGCACACAGAAAACGACGAAAUAAAUGAAAGAAGUUACAGCCUGGAAGGACUUGCAGCAGAGAAGGAAGGAAGGAAAAGUCUGAUCCAGCAUGUAGGGGAGGCCAGCCAGGAACCAAACUGUCCGUCAAAGCUGGACCGAGAAGAGAGAGGCUCGCUUGUGUCCCUGACUGAAGAGGAGCAGGAAUCAGACCUGGGCGACUGCAGCAGUUUAGACAGUCAGAAGUCCAUCCAUUCUGGACGAAGAUGUGUCCCACCUUCACAACCCAUUCUCACCAAGUCUGUCUCCAUGUUGGCCAUCAGUCAGAAAGACCUGGAUGCGAUCGGACGGCCACGACCCAAGCGGCGAAUCUCCUUCUCCUUCAGCAUCUCGCCCAUGCUCCCCAAAUCUAAAACUCUCUUUUCUAUUGGCUCUUCAUCCAGUGAUGAGGAGGAGGCAGUCAGAUUGGGCUCGUUCACAGGUACAUCAGGAUCAUUAGAGUACAGUAUAUCAGAAGAGGAUCCAGGUCCGUUACGGAGUGACAGUGAAGGCAAAGUUGUAGGAACCAAAGUGAGCAGGACAUUCAGUUACCUCAAGAGCAAGAUGAGCAAGAAGAACAAGGAGAAGGAGAAAGAUAAGAAUAAGGAGCGUGAUAAAGAUGCCAAAGACAAGGAGAGGAGAUCCUCAAAUGGGCAUCUCUUCACUGCCAUCAUGGCAAUACCCACAAUCCUCUGCCAUCAGUGCAACAAACCCAUCAACACUAAAGAUGCUUUCCUCUGCACCAAUUGCAAUACACAUGUCCACAAAGGUUGCAGAGAAAGUCUUCCUGUUUGUGCUAAGGUCAAAAUGAAGCAGCAAAAACAGCAGCAGACCGUUACAGAUUCUGCCUUGACGCCUGGUGUCACUCUUCGAAGUAAAACCCUCCCGGCACGGGAACGUCCAUGGUCCGCCAUUUCUGUUCCUGAUGACCAACCCGCUCCUCUCGCCCCUCCUCGGAAAAGCCCCAGCAGUAUCAUGUCUUUCAACAGCAACCCGCUGUCCAAGAGCAUGUCCAUUAAUAACAUUGCAGGACAAAUGGAAGACCCUCCUCUAAAGACUUUGAAGUUUCUGUCCCAGUCUACCGACUCCCUUCACAAGACCAGUAAAGUCACCGAAUCCACGGAAUCUCUCACCGAUGAGGGUACAGAGAUGAUGGACAGUCAGUUGAUGGGAGAAUUUGAAGCUGACAUUAAAGAGCUGGAGGCAGAUUCUUGGAGCUUUACGGUAGACAAAAAAUUCCUGAAACCACUUAAAAAGGAUGUUAUCAAGAGGCAAGAUGUCAUCUACGAGCUCAUCCAGACGGAAAUGCACCACGUGAGGACCUUGAAGAUCAUGGCUGAUGUUUACAGUAAAGGACUACUGAGAGAGGUUCAAUUGGAGGUCCAGACUGUAGAGAAGAUGUUUCCCAUGUUAGAAGAAGUUCUGGACCUCCACACACAGUUCUUCUCACACCUGCUCGAAAGGAAGAAAGAGUCAGGGAGCCACGAAGAGGGCGGCUUUGUCAUCCAAAAGAUUGGCGACGUGCUGGUCUCUCAGUUCUCAGGUUCCAGUGCUGACAGAAUGAAGAAAGUCUAUGGGAAGUUCUGCAGCAGACACAAUGAAGCUGUGAACUUCUACAAGGAGCUUCACACCAAAGACAAACGGUUUCAAGCUUUCAUCAAGAAAAAGAUGAGCAGCCCGGCUGUCCGACGGCUAAGCAUUCCUGAGUGUAUAUUGUUAGUCACACAAAGAAUCACAAAGUAUCCUGUGUUACUACAGAGAAUACUGCAGCACACGAAAGAAAAUGAGGAGGACCAUGCAGACAUAAGCCAAAGUCUGAGGUUGCUAAAAGAGGUGAUUGCUGCUGUUGACAAUAAAGUGAAUGAGCAUGAGAAGAAAAAGAAGCUAAAGGAAGUGUACAGCCGGACAGACAGCAAGUCCAUCAUGAGAAUGAAAAGCGGGCAGAUGUUUGCCAGAGAGGAUCUGUUACGUGGGCAGAAGUUAAUUCACGACGGGUCGCUACAGCUGAAGAAUACAGCCGGCAGGCUCAAGGAUGUCCAGGCUCUGCUGCUGAAGGAUGUGAUUGUGUUCCUGCAGGAGAAAGAUCAGAAGUACAUAUUCGCCUCUUUGGACCAGCGCUCCACCGUCAUCUCUCUGCAGAAACUUAUCUUGAGGGAAGUAGCCAAUGAGGAGAAAGGUCUGUUCCUCAUCACGGCCGGCAUUGAGAAGCCUGAGAUGGUAGAGGUGUAUGCAAGCUCCAAAGAGGAGAGGAACACGUGGAUGCAGCUCAUUCAAGAGGCCAUGCAGUCAAUACUCUCAAUUUCCUCCAGGGAGCGAGAUGAUGAUGAAGGUGUGCCUAGUGAAAACGAAGAGGACAGAAGACUUCACGAAAUCAAAGUCAAGGAGUUGAGAGAUCAGCUGCACAAGAAGGAUGAGCAAAUCUUGAAUUUACUGGAGGAGAAAGUGAAGUUGUUCAGGGACAUGUGUGACGUACCCGACGAGACCGGCCUCCACAACAGAAUGCUCUUCAGGGCCACGCCCGAUGACAUCACCAAAGGGGAACCAAUCAUGAACGAGGCUCUGAAGGAAGUCGAGACAUUACAGGUUCUGGUGAACGACAGUCUUGGAGGGGCGGUGCAGGAGGGCGUAUGUGCAGCUGGGCCCGUGACUUUGCCACGACGGGCGGAAACCUUUGGAGGUUUUGAUAGCCACCAGAUGAACAUCUCAAAGAGUAAAGAUGGAGACAGAGAGGAGACCGAAGACUCCGCAGAGCUCCGCAGGACUGAGUCAGACAGCGUUCUAAAGAAGGCAAGCAACACCAACCCCCUGCUCCUCCUCAAGAGGAACAACGAGCAGGUUCUUCAGAGCGUCGCUCAUCUUCAUGACCUGCUGAGCACAUUACAGGCGGUUGUCGUCCAGCAAGACACCUUCAUCGAGGACCAACGGCACAGCCUAAACGAACGCCCCCAGCCCUCUUCACGUCACCCAUCCGUCUCCUCCUCUACCUCCUCCUCUUCCUCCUCCUCGUCACGGCCCAGCUCUCUGAUCGAGCAGGAGAAACAGCGGAGCCUGGAGAAGCAGCGGCAGGAGGUCGCCAGCCUCCAGAAGCAACAGGCUGCCCACGCGGAGGAGAGGAAGCGCAGGGAAAAGGAGUGGGAAGCGCGUGAGCGGGAACUGACCCAGAGGGAGGCGCAGCUGCAGAGCCAAGAGGAAGAGGGGCAGAGGAGGUCCAAACAGCUGGAUGAGGAGAAGCAAGACCUGCAGGGUAAAAAAGAGGAGUAUCAGAGAGACCUGGCCCGACUCAGAGACAGCCAGAAGAAACUGGAGAGAGAACGAGAGCAAGUGCAGAGAGAGGUCGAGCAGAUCAGACAGACAGAGGCACUGAGGAAGAACCGGACCCACUCCACCGAGUCCGAGGACUCCUCAAAGUUCCAGAGCACUGGUUCACUGGACCGCGACCCCUCAGAGGUGGAGCUCUCCUCCUCCCCGUCUGCCAGAGACUUCCUGUCCCGCAUGGACUCCAAACGCAAAGGGAAGAACCUCAAUCCAUUCUCUUCCAAUUCAAGCCAGAAAGGCCAGAACAGCGAGGCGCAGAGCCAGAUCCCCAGCCGCUUGCUACAGCUGGCCAAGUCCAAGGAGAAGAAGGACAAGAAAAAGAAGAAGGGAAAAGGGCAGCAGAGCCAGACUGCAGAUUCUCCGAGCACUGUGGUUCCAGGCACGACCCCGGACGGAGAGAUCUUUUUCUGCUGAUUCAGGCCCCCUCUUCAUCUUCUCUUCCUCUAUCCCACAAUGCCUCUAUGCAGGGCUGCCGGUCUCUGGUUGUGGACUUGUAAACCAGAGUUAGAAGCACAUACCUGUGGUCUUGAUGGGUGUCAGGCCUGGACAGGAAGUUUAAACUGAUCAUUUCCUGUGACCUGAUUUUCAUCAGCCAGCGUACUGCACAGUGCCUUCCAUCCCUCACAUUCACCUAUGAACGAAAGCGGACGCUUUUUGGGGAACAGUGCGUGUCGGAUAAGGCACUUUUUCCACACACGGAACUUCCUGUGAAAAUGAAAAAGAUUUCUAACAGCAAGUGGCGUCACGCUGGGAGACAGCUGGCUUUUUAUCGACUGUAAAAGUCAACUUUGAAAGCUCUCUGAAGGACAUUUGACUAAUGAAGAUACUAAUAAUCAAAGUGAGUGAACUCAAAUGCCAGUUUGCAAUGCAGUGACUUAAGUUUCUACAUGUUUCCAUCCUCCUUCUUUCACCCCCGUCAUGUUACUAUGUGCAUCACUAAUAUAUACUUUCAGCAGACAGGGCGAAACAAGUCUUUUAGACCAGACUUGGACUUAUUAAUACAGGUUUUACUUCUUUUAAAAGGUCGCAAAAUGCCUUUAAUGAAUAAAAGGGAUGCAUAUGAAAAUGUUUUAGUGAGCACACCAGAAAUGAAAGUGCAAAAGAGCGUAUUGCCGUAAAGAAAUGCUGUUUUUGUUUUAAUUUAUUGGUUUUGUUAAUCACGUUUCCAUCCCUAAAUGACUGAAGGAGAAAAUGAAAAUGUGUUUCACUGAAAAGACGGUUUUGUUGUGACUAAAGGCUUCACGGACCCCACCGAUUUUUUCUUCUUCUUUCUUGUAAACCUCAAUGCAAUUUUAAUCCUUAGCACUUUAUAAGCACGUCAAGUGGGGGAAAAAAUGGCUGGCUUUAAAACGAGACAAUCGAUCAGCUCCACUUAACUGGUAAACGGCCUCCUUUGUACCUGCGAGGUUUUAUUUGAUAAUCUUUUACUGUACCAUAUGGAUGUCAUGUAAAUUUGUUCAACCAAACUUUCACGUAAGCUACCAAAAGAGCGGGUGUUUUCAACUGCAGUAUUUUUCUUUUUCCUUUUACUGUUAUUAAACACGAAUUGAACAAGAUGAGGGAAUCAGCUUUUUACAGUAUGUAGGGUAACAAAUUAAAGUUGUAUUAGCCAGUAGGUAUCACAAAUGCAGUUCAACGCUCAAUUUCAAGCCAGAAAUGUUGAAUUUGAAAGGCCAAUGUGGUAAAAGUAUGAAUAUAUACAUUGUGUUUGUGUAUUAAACGCCUGGUUUGUACCCUCUAAUCACUAGAUUUUAGCCAGUCAAAAAAGCCUUCGCCUGCUGGCCAGGCUAACCGUUCUGUUGAACAUAAGGAAAUAUUUUAAGAAAGGGGAAAUUGUGCAGAUAAAAGUGUUAAUUUAAGCUUUCUGCUCUGUUUUUAGUUUCUUGCCAUUAAACUUCUACCUAACACGCC